AUGUGGGUUGAGUGUGUGAAAAAGAGCGCAGAGAGGCAUGGACUUCCGAUAAGAAAUGGUGUUCAAAACGAAAUUUCUGCCAUUUCAGAACCUUCCCUCGAUUGGACGGGAAACCAUUCGAUGCGAAAGAAGCGAAAGCCCUACACUAAAUAUCAGACGUUAGAAUUAGAAAAGGAAUUCCUCUACAAUACCUAUGUGAGCAAGCAGAAACGAUGGGAAUUGGCACGAACACUCGGCCUUACCGAACGACAAGUGAAAAUCUGGUUCCAGAACCGACGGAUGAAAGACAAGAAGGUGAAGCAAAGGGCUACUGUCGACGGGAGCGGCUGUGUGAUGAUGCUGAAAGAAGAGUAA